AUGGAGAUCAACAUUCAAGGCAUGAAACUUGAAAACUUUGUGUUUAAAAGAAUGUCAGCAUCAGCUCCUCACAUCUGUGAUAUUCGAUGUGGACAAGAAAUCACCUGCCAAAGCUAUAACUACAACAGAAAGGAAAAGAUCUGCGAAUUGAACAACCGCACCAAAGAGGCGAGGCCUGAAAAUUUUCGCUCGGCCCUUGGUUGGUUUUACAUCCGGCGUUUAAACGGGAGAGGUAUGUUUUAAGUUAAAGAAUGUUUACGAGGAAAAUUUACUCCUAAAUUAUAUUUUAGAGCGCAGUAUGUAGUUGCCGAUGUAGUCAGAAGGCCUUCUCGUUCGCACGUUAUGGCCGAGAGCAAAGUGUUUUCCGGUCCAGCCCGACCGAAUUCAGACAAGGAGCGUUUAAUCCUAAGACUGUCGUUCUUCUUCUGGCUGACAAUUUUACCAUCUUGCAUCACGCCGGACCGUAAGCCAGCUCAUGCAAGUUUUUCCGGCUCUGUUCGCGUGAUCGCGUACGCCCCUCACGAGAAAAGUUUUUGGAAGACUACAAUGCAUGGGUUCAAAUUUAACUUCAAAAUGUUGUUUUAAUUUUUUCAUCGUGUUUUGCUUUAAAGUUUCUGUGUUUUCAUGGUGUCACUGUGAGCAACCCUGACAGGUGCUUCUUUAGGACAUUUACAGUUUUUUAACAAAUUUAAUUUUCAAGGAAACUGUUGAAUUAGAUUUUUCCGAUAAACUUAUCUUACUGCUUCUGUGUUUUAACACGUUUGAAAAAAAUGUUAGUUUUGAUGCUUAAAUGAGAAAAAUGAAAGUGGGAAAAAAGGUAGGUUGAAUUCGUGAAAACGUUAAGUUAUUCAUAAAUGAUAUUUACCUUUGAUGUUUUUAUAUUUGAUAGUAUUUUUCCAAUGUUUUUAACAUGCUAUAAUUAUCGUUUUACCCUUCGCUUUCAGAGUAAGGUAAGAAAAAUUCGAAUGAAAUAUUCCACCACAUUUCAGUGAGUUAGAUACAUCUAUGCACAUAGAGGAAGAUGUUUUUCUUCUUGUCACGAGCGUGUGACAAAGAAAAAAAUUACUUAUCAUCUCUCUUAUUCUAUUUACAAAAACAUGACGCUGUCGACAUUGUAGCAGUAUGCAGGACGCGCGUCAUGUAUGAACUUCGUAAUGGGCCACGCCCACCUAAGAGUCUCUGUGGCUCAGUGGUAGAGUAUCGAAGCGCGGAAACCGAAGGUCUGAGGUUCCAUUCCUCAUGGGAACUCAGAACUUUUUCUUUGUCCCACGCUCGUGACAGGACGAAAAACAUCUUUCUCUAUUUCCUUACCGAGCUCAAAAUUUAUUAUCUCUCUCAUUAUGUUAACAAUUUAUUCCCAUCCUGACCUUUUUCGAGGAAAAAAAUUUUUGGAAAUUAUCUUAGUAGUUAUCCUACGAAUUAAUUUUGUAAUCUAUUAUGUGUUGCAGCACCUCUGGGUUCCAUUCUGGAAUUACCAGCAAUGUCUUGCCAAGAAAUAAAGGCAAGUGAGGGAAAAGAUGCCACAAGCAACAAGUACUGGCUGAAUCCAACUGGUAAUGGAAAGACAGAGUUGAUGUUUUGCGAUAUGAACUUGGGGACUGGAGGUUAGCCUAUUUCAUUUUAUCUCAACCUAUACCUGUCAAAGAUUAUUAUUUUUUAAUUUUUGGUUUUAUUCUGUUACUUUCUAUUUCAUCUAUUCUUUCAUUAUUUACCAUUUAUCUCCCAGACAUCGAUGAAUGCAAGAGUGAUAUCUUGCUCUGUGACGUGAAUGCAAACUGUUUAAACAUUUAUGGUUCGUAUAAAUGCACAUGUAAGGAGGGGUACAAUGGAACUGGACUUGCAUGUACAGGUAUAAUGAACUUACUUUGUUUUAACCUCUGCUUAGGGUUAGGAACUGGCAUUUUGUCAGUCGAAUCCGAAACUUUUAUUGGUUGCUUCCCCAUUUUAGAUUUCCUAAAAGCUUUUCUUCUAAAGAUUGAGCUGAGUGUCUAUUCUGGUCAGAGAUACCAAAUUCUUCAUUAUUUCAUUUCGUUUGUCCUCGUCGCUUUCUCUGCUCCUCGGACAAUAUCAACCUUGUCUCUCUUUUAACUUUCCUCCGUCCAUUUAUUGUCUGGGUUAUAUAGAAACGCAAAGUGGCCAUUCUCUAAUUUCCUACAUUGUGACCUUUCAUCUUGGUCAUUAAGCCCGCCGACCAAAAACUUCUCUGUGGUUGGUAAGAAUAUCUGCCGAGCAUCGGCUGCGAGGCUCUUUCCUAUACGUCUCUCACGCAAACCUUUGCUCACCUAAUUGGAUAAGACACUUUUCUUGAGACUUCUAUUCUCCACAAGAGUGGAUAUCAUUGACGAACGGGGUCUAACGCUGAAGCAGGAAAGGCAGCCACCUUUGUGACGCGAAUGCCAACUGCAUCAACACCAGUUGCUCUUGUAAUUUUUUUGUCUCGGUCCUUAAAAACGCUUAAAACAGAACUUAACCAAUAUUCAGCCAUCUUGACCGAACAAGUGUGGCCAAUAAAAGAUUUAUCACAUAGCAAAAAUAUUUCGCUUUAUUAAGAAUCAAGAAAUACUUGUUUAUUUUAAGAGAUGGGAAAGAGAACCAACUGCUUUUGUAGCUCAAUAAACCCACGAGUUUUCUUUACUUUGACCGUCUUCUACCGCUUUUUGCGACUCCGUCGCUGACACUGUCAGUAACUUACGAACUCCUCUGUAAGUUCGCUCCGAGCAAUUUUCUUUCUUGCGCAGAAUUAAACCGUGCAAUCCCGAGCGGGUACGAUGGGCCUAAUUUACCCUCUCAGGUAGCCAAUCAGAAGACAGGAUUCGCUUCAAAAUGCCCAAGGGCACUGGCAGCGAUAUAAAAACAACUAAUACUGAUAGAGUCGUCAGUAUUUCUCGUCAGAAUCAAAUUAAAAUGUAGUCUAAGUAUUGCCAGAAGUAAAUUAUCCUUUAUCAACCUUUUAAAUUACUUUCCUUAGCUUACGUUAUCUUUUUUCUUUAGAUAUUGACGAGUGCGCAAAUUCCAGCAUCAUUUGUGGUGUGAAUGCGACCUGUGUAAACACAAAUGGCUCUUAUGGUUGUAGUUGCAAGGAAGGAUCAGCUGGAGAUGGUGGUGUGUGUUCAGGUAAAUUAAGUUUCUUUAGGAAGGAAUGAGAAUUUGCUAAGAGAUUGUAUGCUCACUGAAUUACAUCCCAACUGUCCAGGCUGCGCAGGAAUUGGACCAAGGGGGCGGAGACCCUGAAAUGUCAAUCAAAGGUCACCAGCCCUCACUUCUGAUGCCAAAAGAGUUUGGUAAAAACGUCUUUUUAAGGGUCUCCUCCCGGGAGAAAAAGCGAUUUUCUGGCCCUGGCAGCGCGGAAAUUGGGUCGAGGGGGCGCAAAUCCAAAAUAGUCACCAAACAAUCACCUAUCUCACAAGUAAAGAGCUUUAAACUGUCUUGGUUAUCCAUUGCAUCAAUAUUGGAACAAAAAGAAAGUAAACUGGAGUUUCUGAGCAUAAAUCCUCAGCUCAGGAAACACGAAUUACCGCUUCACAUAACUUCAGAAAGACAGCUAGUGUUUUAUAAAUGAAUAAAGGGGUAAGUUUCUAAAGAAAUUGUGGUGCUGCGUCGUAAUAAUUUUAGUGUUAACAACUGAGUUGAAAACGUAAAUUAACCACCGUAAAGGGUAAAAAAGCGGACGUUUCUAGCGUUAGCCCUUCGCCAGAGCGAUUAAUGUAAUUAUGGUUUGUGUGUGGGUUUAUAUGCAGAAAAUGGAACUACGCCAUUGAUUGGAAUAUGGUGACGAGAAAACAGGAAUAAAUUAGUUGAAUGAAAAGCGCUCGUUGAUUCCGUGGGGAUUAAGAGUGCCGAUUUGGAAGAUAAAUUUUUGUUCUAGAGUUUUACGGCUUUCCGAACUGCCUAGAUUUAAGGAAAGGCCGCAGACUGCUAUAUGCCGUUUGGAAUGAUUAGGAAGAUUAAAGUCUUUAGCGACUUGGUUUGGAUGCGUCCUUGUCAUUUCUUUCCACGUCGCGAAGGUGUUCUCGGAUUCUCGGAUUCUCCCUUCGCGACUAAUUUAAUUCGUUAAUUAAAUUAAUUAAUUCGACUAAUUUGUUCCUGUUUUCUCGUCACCAUAUUCCCACCGAUGGCGUAGUUCCACUUCUUGCACAUAAACCCACGCACAACCCACAAUUCCUCCAAUCGCUCUGACGAAGGGCUAACGCUCGAAACGUCAGCUUUUUUACCCUUUACGGUGGCUAACUUACGUUUUAAACUCAGUUGUUGACACUAAAUUACUUGCUAGUGUUUUACCAAGUCUAGAAAGGUUAAAUAAGGUCAAUAAAGGUCAACAAGGUCAAUAAAUCGAGAAAAGUAAAUAAUAUAUAAAAUGAUUAAAAAAAUUACGAGGAAAAGUUUUUCCCUGCGUACUUUGCUCCUUUUGUUGCGUAUGCGAUCCAAAACCAAAAGGUGAACAAUGAUAUGGAUACCUUUUCUCCACACUGAUUUGGUAUUUGCUGAAAAAGAUGACGGAUGCCGCCACAUUGUUUGGAAUCAACCAGAACAAGACAGAGUCAUGCAAGGACACGAAAUCAGGAGUGUGGAGGUUCCUCAUGAGGGAAGCUGUAGAGUGAUUUGUUUUCUGGAGCCCAACUGUGUGUCCAUUAAUGUUCGACCUACUACUCGAGGAGGGAAUUACAUUUGUGAGUUGAACAAUGCUACGGGAGGAAAUGAAAGCUCGUCUGUCCUACAAAGUAAAGAGGGUCAUAUCUACGUUGCUAUGGAGGUACUUCGGACUGAUUUCAUAUGGCCAAGAAAAUUAUUUAAGGCGAUCCUUUUUAGUCGUGACGUAACCACAGUGUAGACAAAAAGUUAAGAAAGCCUAUGAGGUGAUUUCUACAGAAUAAUCAAUCGCUGAUCAAUCAGGCGAUUCAACAGCUUAUCUAUUAGACGAUCAAUAUUGCACAUUGCUGCAUAUUGGAGGAUUGAUUAGUUGUAAGUAAAUGGUCCAGAUAUAACGCACUGUUACAGUAGCUUUAAAAUAAAGAAAUGGACGAUUAUACGAAGUACGCAUAGCUAUUUACAAGACACAAUCCAUUUUUUUCCUAACAGAAUCCUUGCAGCAGCAGUCCCUGUUACAACGAUGGCACUUGUCAAGCUGGAUACACCGAUAAAGGAUUUCGUUGCAAAUGUCCUACUGGAUUCACUGGCGCAUUUUGCAAAGAAGGUAAACCAAAAAAAAAAAAUAGAUGGCUUGGUGGGAAGUAUACGUUAGAUAAUUGCUUCUAUUUUGUCUCAGCCUGCAGUUUUAACUUUGAAGACGGCAUCGGUGGGUGGGUGAAGUCAGGCACAGCUUUUGAUAACCAACCAACAUUUGGUGACAAUCCAAAGGAACGCAAAAGAGAAAGCGCCAGACAACAGGGGAAUUGGUGGAUAGGGGGAGCUGAACUUCGACCAAAGGAAAGCGCACCUCCUGGAAAACAACCACCGGAUGCGGAUUUACCCCAAGGCACUCUAACUUCCCCCUGCUUUCAGAUCGUUGGCCAUAACAUCUCGUUUCUUAUUGGUGGGGGCUGCGAGCUAAAUGAAAUCCGCGCGGAACUUAUUGUUAAAAACAAGGUAAGACUCUGA